CCCCCACACCUUCACACCGAGAGAGCACCGCCACCGUAGGCUUACGGGCGAAAAUGACGGUGAUGGGGGCGGGCUCAUGACGGAUACAUAAGGCAGGCAUCGACCCGAGAUUUUCAUCCUUUUUGUUCCCAUCAAAACAUCCUCAACCACUCUCACUCUCAACAUGAUCUCCUACCUCCCUGCCCUCGCCGCCGUUGCCCUCGCUGGAGCCGCCUCGGCCUCUGUCACGCCCAACGCUGACAUCUUCACGGCUCUCCUCAACACCAAUCAGACUGCUGGUGCCCCCACCUGGGCCCCUCCCGCUCAGGAGGUCACGCCCGUCGUCGCGGCUUCCAACACGUCGGACAUCGUCGCCACGGCUGGUCAGACCAGCGAUGCUCAGAGACGCGCCUUCCCAGGCUACAACAAGGGCAACAUUGUCAUGCGCGGUAUGACCGACAAAGCUGUGUACAACAAGUUGCCCUUCACCGUCGACUCCACGGCCGCCGUCCAGAUGCCCGCCUACCUCACCUACAAGGUGGUAUCCAACACGACGUCCGCCAGCAAGGCCCAGCAGGAGUGCUUCAACUUCUGUGACGCCACGAAUGGCUGCAAGUCAAUCAACAUGUACACCGAGACUGGUAACCCUCUCUUGGACCACGUCUUCAGCGAGCAAUCCAACCGCAAGUGUGUCCUCUUCGGUGACGUGCCCACUGCAAGCCAGUUCACCAACCGUGGUGGUCAGCAACUCUACGAAAACGGGCCGACCAACGCCAUCUCAAACUCUAUUGCCUUCGCCUCCUCUUCGAGUCUGUUCGAGGUUGACACGCCCGCGGGCACUAACCUCACAUUUGCUCCUCAGCUGGGCGAUAAGACCCAGUACGGCGCCACUCAGACCGGCAAGUACCUGACUUACCAAUUUAUCACGCGCUACGACCCUGAGGCUUGCAACGACUUCUGCAAGAGCGUGACGGGCUGCAACUUCUUCAACAUCUGGCGUGGUGAGGUCAACGGCGCCGCCGUCACCUACACCUGCUCCCUGUACUCGGAAGGUACCGACGGCUCGACGGCUACCAACAAGGGCGACGAUGUCAACCACGUCGUCGUUACCUACUCGCGUGGCUACAAGCUCGUCGCCUAAGGCGAAGAGCCUAACUUUCUCUUCUACAGGUCACCGCUCCCUUCUCCUUUUGUGUCACCGUUGCCGCUCCUCCUCAUCCCCUUCAGUCACUUCGAAUGCUGUCAAAAUGGUAU